UGCAGGAAGUGAAGAUGGCGGAGACUGCGUUGCUAACCGAGUCAGUGCUCGGUUGGUCAAUUUUCGCAUUUGUGCUCCUGGUGAUUUUGGCCUUUUGCUGGGUUUACAUUCGCAAGUAUCAGAGCCGACAGGAGAGCGAGGUGAUCUCAACAAUCACUGCAAUAUGUGCGCUGGCCAUUGCACUGAUAACAUCUGCCCUUCUUCCCGUGGAUAUAUUCCUCGUGUCAUACAUGAAGUACCCAAAUGGUACUUAUAAGGAGUGGGCUGCAAGCAACGAGACGCGGGAGCAGACUGAAAACACGGUGCUGUAUGGGUACUACACUCUGUACUCCAUCAUCCUGUUCUGCGUCUUCCUCUGGAUCCCGUUUGUUUAUUUCUACUAUGAGGAGAGGGACGAUGACAACAUCAACAAGUGCUCGCAAGUGAAAAAUGCACUGAAGUACACAGUUGGAUUUCUCAUUGUGUGCACGGCACUCCUUCUAAUUGGGGCCUUUGUUCCCCUCGAAGCACCACCCAGUCAGAACUCGACGCAGUGGCAGAAAGUGCAGUACCUGUUCGAGGAGCUGGGCAGCAGCCAUGGUCUGGCUGCCCUGUCUUUCUCCAUCAGCUCCCUGACCUUGGUUGGCAUGCUGGCAGUGAUCACCUACACGGCGUAUGGUAUGUCUGUGCUUCCACUAAACCUGAUCAAGGGCACGCGCAGCGUGGUCUACGAGCGACUGGAGAACAGUGAAGACAUUGAAGAGGUAGAGCACCAGAUUGAGAAGCUCAAAUCCAAGUGCGAGGACGGCCGCCCCCUCUCAGCCCGGGACAGACGGGCACUGCAGGACCUGGAGUCCAGGCUGCAGGUGCUGCAUCGCAGGGAGAGACACCUGGAGGUGGCAGAGAAGAGCUGCUGUACCAGGGUGGGUGGCGCCCUGCGUCCGCUGAAGAUUGUCCUGGGGAUUUUCUUCAUCCUGGUUGCCAUUCUCUUCACUGUGGCGCUGUUCAUUUCAAAUCUGGAUAAAGCUCUCCACUCAGCUGGGAUCAACUCAGGAUUCGUCGUCUUUGGGACCAACCUAACAAACCCUCUGAAUGAACUCCUGCUGGCUCUUCAGCCUGUCUUCCCCCUGGAUUACAUCCUGAUCACAGUCAUCACCAUGUACUUUGUCUUCACAUCCAUGGCUGGUAUUAGGAAUAUGGGCAUAUGGUUCUUCUGGAUACGGCUGUACAAAAUUAGACCAAGAAGGACCCGGCCACAGGCCCUGCUGUUCCUCUGCAUGAUCCUGCUCCUCAUCGUUCUCCACACUAGCUACAUGAUCUACAGCCUGGCACCACAGUACGUCAUGUACGGCAGCCAGAAGUACCUUCUCCAGACCAACAUGCCAUCAGCCAGUGCUGUGCAUGGGAACGGUACCGCUGGGAACACCAGGUUCUGUGACGCUGAUGCCCCUGAAGAUCAGUGUACAGUGACACGGUCAUACUUGUUCCUGCACAAAUUUUGGUUUUUCAGCACCAUCUACUACUUUGGCAACUGGGCCUUCAUUGCAAUUUUCUUGAUUGGCCUGAUUGUGUCCUGUUGCAAAGGGAAGAAGUCAGUGAUUGAGGGUGAAGUGGAGGCCGACGAUUCGGACAUGAGUGACGAUGAAUACCCGCACUAAUUGAGCACUUGCUGGUCAGCCAGAACUUUCAUCUUAAUGAGCCAAAACCUGCGUUUCCAUUUUGGAUUAAGUUUAGUAAUACAUAAGGUUCAGUUAGAGUAAUAUAUUGAAAUGUUGGAAUUUAAGAAUUGAUACAUUUGAACCUCAUGAGUUGGGGAUAUUUUUGUUGGUGAGUCUGCUUCAUUUGUAAAUACACUAUGCUUUCAGGAAUGAUUUAAAACAGAUUCUUGACAGUUCAAGGUAAAAUUUGAUAUUUGCUCCUGGAGUACUUGUUUGAAUGUGAGGUAUUAAAUAUAUCAAGUGUUCCUGAAAUUCCGCUGUCUGUUUGUGCAGUUUUUGGCCUAUGUGACUUGCAGUUCUGUGACAUGCAAUAUUUGUGCCACAGUGCAAAGCAAUUGGCUAUCGAUGAAGUGAUCCCCAGUUUAUAGGACUGUCCAAAAUUCCUGUUACUAAAUACUGUGAACAUAUGGGUUACCAUGACUAAUUAAGGAUUAUAACAGAUAUAAUUACAUAAUUACAGGUACUGAGUGAAAACAAAUCUUAAAAAAUCUAAUUCUGCACAAUCAGGGUUGAUAUCCUGGUUUACUUCUGCUUUAUUUCAUGUGUUUGUUCUGUAUUUAUUAUAAUCCAAUUUUCCAUUUGCUGUGUGUAUUCCAGCAAUGUUAGGGGCAAAAAAUGCUGAGUUUUGAUACUGUAUAUGUGCUUCUAACAGAGAGAUUAUUCCAGUGCUGUGGUAUUAUGCUAUUCUCACCAGAGAACUGAGAUGAAAAUUUGCUGUAACUGAAAGUGUAUUAAAGACAAUAAAGUGUAAUAUUAGUCUCAGAGUAUGAUGAUGAGGCAGCUUUGGAAUUUCUAAUGGCUAUGGGCUAACAGCAAGUCCAUAUUGAUAUUUGUCUCAUAAAUUGUAAUAUUAACUUGGUGUUAUUAACAUGUCAGUUAACAUGUCAUAUUGUGAAUUCAAGUCUUGAAAUGCUUUCUGGAUUUGCUAGCUCCUGGGAACUGUCCACAUUAUCUACUAAGCAUGGUAGUGAGUUAUCUUAUCAAGCUUAUC